AUGACGACUUCUUUGGCUCAACAGUUGAAGAAAUUAGCACUUCCUGAAUCGUCACUGGAAAGUGAUAAAAGAAGGAAAUGUUCAUUAUUGUUCACUCCGGCUGAAGCGGCUAAUUUAGACAGAGAUGCAUUUUUUGAAAUAGGUUUAAAUGGACUUAAAGAACUAAUAGUUUUAGAACCUGCUUUUGAAACAUUUAAUGACACAUUAUUUGAUGUGUCUUCUAGAUUUUAUUCCAGAACGAUUGAAUCUAAAGAAAAUAAUAAAAGCCUUGAUAAAAAUAUUCAAAAAUUUUUAAGGUUAUUAUCUCCCUAUUUGCUUCUUAAACAAAGUCACAAAGCAUUAGAAUGGUUAAUUCAUAGAUUUCACAUUCAUAGUUUUAAUAUAGAUGAUCUUAUCGCAUUAAUUUUACCUUAUCACCAAACAAAAAUAUUUGUUAAAAUAUUACAGUUGAUUAAUUUAAAAGCUUCAAAUGCAGCUCAUUGGAAUUGGCUUUCUAAAGUUAAAGAAGAAGGUGUUCAUCUUCCCAAAUCGGUUUUAAUCAAUCAUGCUAUUAGUGAUUCUUCAUUUUUAAGAUUCAUUUGCGACACAACUUUAAAAACAAUAUCGGAAAAUCAAAAAUAUGAUAGUGCUAAAAAAUUAGGAACUUGUAUGACUUUUUUCUCUUCUGUUAUAUCAAAUGUUUUAGUUUGUCAGGAUUUUAAUAAUCAUCAUAUGACUAUUAUUUUACCUUCGCUUAUGAAAGCUUUAACAAGCGAUUUAAUCGAUUUUAAAGCUGCAGGUUAUAUUGUCGCUGGACAACUUGUAGCAUCCAAUCAAAUAACAAAGGAUUUGUUAAAUAAAUUACUCGACAUAAUAAUUAAUGAAAAUGAAACGUUAAAUCAAGACGAACUUUUACUACUUACGUUAAUUUAUCAAACUCAAACACCGAUUCCCAAUCUUCCACAAAAUUCUAUCAGUAAAUUAUUUUUAAUUCAUAAAGAAUUGCCUGGUUUGGCCAAUGAAGGAUUUCAAAUGGGACCAUUGAUUGUGAAAAUAGUUGAAACUUGUUUGGAUAAUAUUAUUAAAUCUGAAGGAGAUGUGGUUGAAGCUCAAGUUUUAUGUUACACAAUAGCGACAGAGGUUAUGUGCGAUCUUGAACACUGUAAAUCUUUACUCUGGUUAAUAGACUCUAAAUACAAGACAUUAUUAGAAAAAUUAAAAUCGAAUAUAAGAGAAGACCAAGAUACAAGUUUGUCUAAUUGGAUGAAAGAACUCAUGUUAUCAACAAUUGAAAAAUACAGAGACAUUCUCGAUAAUGAUCAUAAUGAUAAAAAAUGUCAAGAGCUGAGAGAAAAAUGGAAAACUCCAGAUGAAUUGACUUUUCAAGAAUCCAUUCUUGUCGAUUUGAUAAAAAAAUGCAAAGGAGAAAAUAAGGAAAGUGCUUGGAUGGAACUCAGGCCGUUGCUAUUGAAUAAAAUUAAAAACGUGGCUGCCUUUGAGGCUUUGUGCAAAGUUGCACCUUUCUACGACAAUUUGGUGUUGAUAUUAUGUUUGAAUAAAUUGUUUCAAUCGAAAGGAUCCGAAGAUGAAAUCAUAUCCGAUUUGAAUAAUAUACACAAAUCGAGAUUUGGUAAAAACAAUCCUCACAUACAAGAAAUUCAUAAGCUCAUCACAAAAAAUCCCUCGCAGGGAGUGAUAAAAACAAUCGAAACGUAUUUUUUAAAACAGGAAAAAGGAUCGGAAAAUUCGAUCGAUUUCGAACCUUGGUUGGCGACGCUUCAAGAACUCAAACACCUGAAUCACAUAUCGGAGGGUAGUCAAACGUGGAGUUUCGGUUUAAAAGUUUUGCUCGCGGCUUUGCUCGAUGAUUACAAUGCGACUUACGCGUUGAAAUUAAUGUCGAUAUUGUCGUCUUUAAAGAAGAAAAAAGUUAAAAUCCGUUUCGAAAUUAUAAAAUCUCUCAUAAAUUAUUUGAGUUGUAAUAAGAAAUCGGAAAUAAAAUGGUACGAUUUAUCGUCUAAAAAUUCCGACACGUGGUUAAAAGUAAGAAUAUUGGAAUACGUUCUUGAUGGGAUUUACAAUGACGUCAAUUCACACGAUGAAUAUUCGAAUCUUUUGCAUGAAUUUUCAAAGACUUUUUCUUCGGGUCAGCAAGAAUUCGUAAGACUUUUGGGUGCCGUUUGUUGCGGUUCACCGGAACAAACGAAACAAGUUUUCCAACAUGAAAUAUCACCGUUUUUACAAAUUUACGCUCUGCACAUUUCCUACAAUCAAUUGAAAAGCAACGACGAAAAAGUAUUCAAUUCAUUUAAGCCAGAAAUCGGUUUGAUUCUUUGUUAUUUGCUCAUCAUAUUAAGCAACAAUUCCAAAGCCAUACGAUUGGCUUGCCUCAACGUUCUUCAAGCUCUCUCGGCCAUUCUUAAAAAGUACAAAUCUUCAUCCGAUUCCGUUUUGCUCGAUCGUUUGCUUUCGAGAUUCCAAGAAAUUUCAUUGGAUCCAAGUCAAAUCAGCGUCGCUUUAUAUUGUUCCCUUUCACCGUCGGAAUCUUUGCAGUCGACGCUUCCUCCCUCGAUCGUUUCGACUUUGAAAAAAACUCGGGAAAUUUUGUUUCGAAUCAUCACAUCCGAAGACACUCCGAUGUACGUUUCCCUCGGCGUCAUGCAAUUAUUCGAUUCCGUUAAUUCGGUGGAAAUAUUAAAAGAACUCAAGAUUUUGGGAAAGAGAGCAUUGGAAAAAAGUAAAGAAUGCGAAAUCUCGCGUAUGAUUUUGUCCAAUUUUUGGUCACGGAUCAACGAAACAACGUGUCAAGUUUUGGAAGAUGAAUCCGUUUGGGAAUUGGCGACGAAAAGUAUAAAACACGAAAAAUGCGAGGGCGUAUCACCGGCCGUUUCGUUUUUAAAAUCCGCAAGUAUCACCCGAGAAGUUUUCGACGAGUUGUCUCGCAAGAAAAGAUUUCAACUCGUCGAAUGCAUGAUUGAAACUCGUUCCGAAACGGAAUCGUCACCCGUCGCGACCGCCAUCGCGUCGACUGUGAAAAAAUUAUUUUUAGACUGCGAAUUAAUAUUGCCGAUAAUAAAUCAAAUGAUGAACUUGUUUACCGGAACGCAAAAGAAAAAGGACAGUUUGAAAUCGUCGAGUCCGCUCAUCAUAGAAGCCAAAGAAUGGAAAAAGGGAAUAUCCCUGUUGGAACUCAUGCAAUCGAAAAAGAAAUUAUUGAACACGAACGUUUUGAUCAAACCUCUCUUCGACAUAUUGAAAUUUUGCCUGGAUCAAGAAGAACAAACGAGUUUCGAAUACACCAAACAACUCGUGCUCGGAUGUUUACUCGACUGCUGUAAGAAAAUAUCAACGGACGACAGCGAAAACGUCAGCGAAAAUAAUUUAAACGUGGAAUUGGUCGUUCAGUGUUUACGCGCGUCACCGAAUCCUCAAACUCAUCAUCACGCUCUCAUGUUGCUCUCGUAUCUGUCGGCAGUUAUACCCAAAAAAGUGAUGCAUAACGUAAUGGCCAUAUUUACGUUUAUGGGUACUUCGGUGGCACGUUUGGAUGACGAGUACAGCGUUAAAGUUGUCACUCAAGUCGUGGAGUCUGUAGUUCCCGUUCUAGUUCAAGUAAAACGUUGUCGUUAUUCGGAACAUGACGAUUUGGAAAACGUCAUAGCCGAAAUAUUAAGAGUUUUCGUUUGGGCGGUGAAAGACAUUCCUCAGCACCGGAGAAAACCCUUGUUUUUGCAAUUGCUGACGACAUUGAAACCGGAAAAUUCGUUGUGGAUAUUCAUUAUGCUUCUGUUGGAAAAUCACGUGCUAGAAGAUGAUGCGAGCAAAUUGGAAAAUUCAAACAACUUGCCAAUAAAUCACUGUUUGGGACUUGAAUUGUGUUUGUCAGCCUCUCCGACCGUCGUCUUGGAAUCCGUCGUGAAAAUUUUCAAUUAUUUGAUUAAACUUCCUGUGGAAAAAAUGCACAAAGAAAUCCGAAUGCAAAAAACUUUGACUGAUGGGCUAAAAGAAAAAAAUUCCGGAUUGUUCGAUAUAGAUUCACACACUCCUAAACAACUCCGACAUUUCUGUUACACCAUUUUAACUUAUUUCAAUUUGCUGUUGGCCGAUAAUAAUUUCAUAAUGCAAGUAAAUGAUGAUGAUGAUGAUGAUGAUGGUAACAACUGUUUGGAAGACGCACUCAAAGACACGAUCGCUGCCGUUAUGAAAUACACUCCGUUGGUCAAAAAACAAUUCGAUAAAUUUCAAACGAAAUUUUGGAAAGCCAUGUUGCAUCAAUGUUAUGAAAUUCUCGACAAGUUUGUUUUGCUCGUUCCCAACGAAAUGCUUUUAAGCAUAAUAAAUAAAUUGUUGCAUCAUCCCGUAAAAGCUCUCAGGCGUAAAGCGUUGGAUUUGGCCAACACGUUCCUUCAGCAAGAACAACAGGAAUUCGCGGACGAAGAAAAAAAAUUGUUUGUUGAACCUGUUGGAACCCCUCGUCGAAAUAAUCAAUACGAUCGGAACGGAAAUCGAACAACAGGAUUUGAUGCUUCAACAAACGGCUUUAUUUUAAUCGGAAUCUGCAAAACGUUGAAAUCGAAUAAAAUCGAGGGUCCGCUGUUUGGAUCUCUCAUGUUGGCCGUAGCCGAACUCGUGACUUGUUUAAGAGCUCAUUCCGUUUCCGAAUUGCCCACUUUCAUGCCUUUAAUGUUGAAAGAAUUUUCUAGAAAUUGUAAUCCGAAAAAAUUUAGCGAAUUAGGUUUGAAUAGCGUCACUCUAGCCAUACACAGGGUGGUUGACGUCAUGCCAAAUUUUCUCAGUCCCUACCUCGAGAGCAUAUUGUUUAACGUAUGCACGGUGCAGUCCGUAAGAGCAAACGACAAAGUUGAUUUGUUGAAAAAAUUAAUUCAAAUAAGGACAAAAUUAGGUUCGAACGUCGAGCACAGGAUUUUAAUACCCGCCAUAAGUCGUACGUAUAAAAAAUUAAUCGAUAAUUGCGAAUACGAAGCCACGGGCCCGUUAUUUUCGACUCUUUCAUCGAGUUUUUCUUCUUUGUCCGACGUUGCCAAAGUUGUACCGGAAGUGACGCAAUUAUUUAUAACGGCUUUGAGUUUCCGAAGCGAUUGCGAAGUCGAAUUAAAAGACGAAGACAUUGAUAAAGUCGAGAGUAACGUCAUCGAAGCUUUCGUUCCUUUCGUUUUAAAAUUAUCCGAAUCUCUAUUCAAACCCUUAUACUAUCAAAUAUUUCACUGGGCGUCCGAACAUCGAGAACGUUCUAUAACUUUCUUCAGGUUGACUCACUCUUUGGCGGAAAGUUUAAAAGGUUUGUUCGUUUUAUUUGCGGGUCAUUUCCUUCAGAAAGCGGCAAAUCUUUUGGACGCGACCAAUUUAUCGAAAACGGAAAAUAAUUAUUACGAAAAAUCGAGGGACGGCGAGAGGAAAUGCGGGAUUUUGAUAGAAAACAUAUUGAAAACCCUUCAUUCGGUUUUUUUGUACGAUUCGACGGAAAGCAGUAAUUUUUUAAACAAGGAUAAAUUCGAAGUUUUGCUUCAUCCGCUCGUCGAUCAGCUUGAAAACACUUUGGGAGGAAUCGAAGAAUUGGAAAAAAGGACUUUGAAUUAUUUGACCCCGUGUUUGGCUCAAAUGACUCUCGCGACGGACGACACCCUAUGGAAAUCCUUAAAUUAUCAAAUAAUAUUAAAAACUAAAAGCAUUCUUCCCCAAGUGAGAAUAGGAGCUUUGGAAACGAUCGUUGCCGUCGCUGCCAAACUCGGAGAUGAUUAUUUGAUGCUCCUACCCGAAACCAUCGGAUCUCUCGCGGAAUUGUUAGAAGACGAAGAUGAAAGAGUAGAAAACGCAAUGAAAAAUGCCAUACAAAAAAUGGAAGAUGUACUCGGUCAACCGAUAAGGGAAUAUUUUCAAUAA